AUGGAGGAGGGUCGGAGCGCCUGCCUAGGGAUACUUGAGGGCGAUAACCGCUGGGUCAACUCAGUCACCUAUUUCCAUGAUUCCAAGCACCUCGCCUCGGCCUCAGACGAUGGCACUGUCAAGAUAUGGGAUGCCAGCACCGGCCAAUGCCUACAAACCUUCAAGGGUCAUAGGAAUACAGUCUACUCACUUGCCUUCUCCCAUGAUUCCAAGCACCUUGCCUCGGCUUCAGACGACCGCACCUCUGCUCAGUCACCUACUCUCAUCAUUCAAAGUACCUUGUCUCAGCUUCAGACGAUCGCACUGUCAAGAUAUGGGAUACCAGCAGUGGCCAAUGCCUAUAGGCGCUCAAGAGUUAAAGCAAUACAGUCUACUCGGUCACCUAUUCCUAUAGCUCGCCUAGCUUCAGGCGAUCGUACUGCCAAGAUAUGA